UUUACUUCCUAUAUGCUCAGUGCUUUUAAAUUUACUUCUUGAAGGUGCAUAGAUUUUGCAUUGCUUGUGCUCGAUUGUUUCUAGAUUGUAGCAUUAUAGUUCAUCUGAACUUUUGCCAACAAUGUGAACCUUUUGUUUCCUCUGAAUGUUUUCUGGCUGUGCAAAUCAUACGUACUAAAACUAAUUUGGAUAUGGGAGAGCUACAGCCAAAAAAUCUGAAACAUAAGUUGGAAGAGGUGUGUCCCCUUUCCCCCCAGUGUUGUAUCUACAGGGUUCCAAAGAGACUACGUGAUGUGAAUGAGAAGGCAUACACACCUCAGGUGGUCUCAAUAGGCCCGCUUCACCAUGGUAGAGAAGGCCUAGAAGCCAUGGAAGAUCACAAAAUACGGUAUGUGAAGGACUUUCUGGAAAGGACCAAGGUAAGCAUGGAGGAAUGUUUGAAAACCUUGAAAAAGUGGGAAACAAAAAUCCGUGCUUGUUAUGCAGUAAAAAUUGAAUACAAUGAAACUGAGCUUGUGGAAAUGGUUCUUGUAGAUUCCAUUUUCUCCUUUGAGCUCCUGCUGAGGUUUUCUUACCCAACACUGCAAGAGGAAAAGGUUGACCGUUUAUUCGGAAAACCACGGAUGCUAAGGGACAUAACAUAUGACAUGUUAUUGCUUGAAAAUCAGAUCCCAUUCUUCAUUCUUGAGUAUCUUUAUUCCUUAGCCCUUGCCAGUAAUACCAUUCCUCUGCAACAUAAUAUGGUGCUUUCUAUGUCUGAGCUUACCCACCGGUUCUUGCAUAAUAGGGUAUACAUAAGGCCAUUUGAAGAAAUGAAGGAGAAAAUCAACCAUGAAGGAACAAAACAUUUUGUUGAUUUUGUCCUCACAUGUCAUCGACCUUUAGAGCUUCCCCAGAAGAAGAGACUCAAGACUUUAACCAUACCAAGUGCAACAGAAUUAUACCAGUCCGGAGUUAAAUUUGAGAAUGUCAAUGACAAAAACAUAUUUGACAUAAAAUUUGAGAAUGGGGUCCUGAAAAUUCCACACUUGAGAAUCAGAGGGUCAACAGAAAUUUUCUUUCGGAAUCUCAUUGCCUACGAGCAGUGUGAGCUCCAUGAUCACUACAUCAACGAUUAUGUGUUCAUCAUUGACCGCCUGGUUGACAGUUCCAAGGAUGUGGACUUGCUUGUUAAGAGUGGAAUCCUUGAAUCUAAGCUACCGGAUAGUGAAGCAGCGGCAAGUUAUAUCAACUCCCUUGACUUGGGGCCUGAGGAUCCUAGAAGGAGCCUAGAGGGGGGGUGA